ACGUGACGCGAGCGGCCCGUGUUGGUUCCAGCUGACAGGCGGAGGGAGAAAAGCGAAAACCGAGAAGAAAUGCGCGAGUGUGUGUGCGCGCGUGAAGGUGAGAGAGGGAGGGAGCGCGAGAGAGAGAGGAAAAUAAGAGCCCUCAUCUAGCUGGCUCUCACCACUACUGGAUUUUAUUAUUUUUUCUUUAGGGGGGAUCUCUUUAUUUCUUCCAUCGGAUCAUUUCUAUUAUACUCAACCUCAGAUCUGAUGGAUUAUUCCGCCUUGGAGACUUGCCACCCCCGAUUCUUCAUAUUCUGCUGAUUCUAAUCAUCUUUCUCUGUUCAGUACAUGGGACUACAGUCAGUCGCCUUCUCUUCUGCUUUUAUUAUUACUGUCGCCGUUUGUUGCUCCCAUCUGGAGGGAAUUUUUGUGCAAUCUGUCGAGCUGACAGCCGAGCCGGACCGGUUUUAUAUCCACACGCUCAGAAAGGACUUGGAUCAGUCGUUUAUAAGUGCGGCGCUGCUUGUUUCGAAAGAAAAGCGGUGACAGCAACUCCUAGGGGAUGAAUUAAACCUGCCUAGCAUGCUGCCAUUUUGGAGAUAAAUCCACCCCCCUGUUUUUAAAAUCUCAUUCCUUUUUGCACAUCUUACAUGAGCCGAGGGGAGAGCGGGAUUUCAAUUGAGGAUCUCACGCACGUCUCACCUGUCCGCGCACCAUUUUUACGGCGCGCACGUUAACUACAAUCUCAGAGUGGUUUAUUUUGUUCUUCAGCUCCAACUCUGCAGGUUGCUCCGCUUCACCUCCCUCCACAUAUCCCCUUCUCCUCCUCCUUAUUUCCCCUAGAAGUUAUGUCAAGGCCUCUCACACAGCUCUUGCCGCCGGAUCUCCCUGCAGGGGCCACUAGUCCGCAGUUUGGGGCCAGCAACCCGGCUGGAAGUGGCCCCCAAGGCGGACACCUGACCUCCAUGACCAACCUGAAGUCCCUGCUCCAGCUGCCAAUCAAGGCCGACCAAAGGGUCACCAAGGACUGCUGCGAGAUGAAGGACAAAGACAAACCCCAGGACUCUGACGAGGACUCGCUGGGCAUCAACAACGGAGUGCCCGGCGGGGCAGGAGGAACCCCAGGCUCUGGCCCUCUGCGACCCAACUCCCAGUCCGCCUUCCUGGGCCCACUGCUGUGGGAAAGGACCCUUCCGUGUGAUGGAGGCCUCUUCCAGCUGCAGUACAUGGACCUGGAGGAGUUCCUGACUGAGAACGGGAUGGGGAUGCACAGUAACGGGCCUAGCUCAACCAGCGCCCAAAUACCCUCCCAGAGUUCCCAGUCUGCAGUGCCGAACCAAAGCUCCCAGUGUCCUCCCACAUCUCCUCCACCUUGCUCCUCCUCUUCCUCCUCCAUGUCCUCUUCAUCCUCCUCCUCCUCGCUCCUCGGAUUGGAAACCGUUCAGCCACAGGCGCCACUGCCGCCACCUCAACAGCAGCAAAGCAUGAUGGGAGAUCCUGAGUUGCUAAAUGGUGGGCAAUCUGUGCCCCAGGAUCCCUCACCCACUUCCACCUGCCCUCCAGGGCCACCUGGACCUCCAGCUGGCGCCAACGGCAGCAGCGACAUCAUGGUGAACUUUGAUCCCGAUCCGGCAGACCUGGCACUGUCCAGCGUGCCAGGGCAGGAGGCGUUUGACCCACGGCGGCACCGUUUCUCGGAUGAUGAGCUGAAGCCUCAGCCGAUGAUCAAAAAGGCUCGCAAGAUGCUGGUCCCUGAUGAACAGAAGGACGAGAAGUACUGGAGCCGGCGUUUCAAAAACAACGAGGCAGCCAAGCGCUCGCGGGAUGCCCGACGACUGAAGGAGAACCAGAUCUCAGUACGCGCCGCCUUCCUGGAGCGAGAGAACGCUGCCCUUCGGCAGGAAGUGGCUGAUAUGAGGAAGGAGCUUGGCCGCUGCAGGAACAUCAUCAACAAGUAUGAGAGUCGUCACGGAGACUUGUGAGGCGGAGGAGGAGAACGUCAGAGGAAGGAGCUUGAGAGAAGGAGAAGUUGAGAAGAGGGUACGACCCAACAACAGCAGCACUUUAGUUGAAGUGGCGAGGGGGAAAGCUGGAGUAGAUCUGCAGUAAGCGCUGUGUGACACCGGGCACAAACACAACUAGUUUGGUCGAGUGUGUUCUAUUGCAGGAUGCCAUGACAGAAAAGCACAGUGAUGGCACUCCCCUAGUUUGACUGUUUGUAUUUGCUAUUUCACUAAAUCCACACUUUGUACUGUAUGGUCACACCGUGACACCCCAGCAGCGUCCGCCCCCCUCGAUGCUGUGUUUGUGCUCGGUGUUGCACUGCAUUUUUUGCAGGUAGUGCAUUCUGACCUGCUGCUCUUGCCAUUUCAAACAGGGUGUUGAGUUCACAGUAUGCCAGUGAAACCCACUUUUUAAGCUCAAGGCAUGGACAAUAGCCAGGAGAGAGAUGUGUAAUUGUUUUGGUUUUUUUUUUCUAUCACUAGUACAAAAAUCUUAUAUUUUUGAACUGGGCAGGAAGGCAAGACUAGUCAGGCAAAAUGGUGGAGAAGGAAGAUGUGCAGGGUAUUUGUCCAGAACGCAAAGAGAUUUUGACAAAUAAUUACUGUAUAUUUUUCUAUUAGCAGAGAUAUUAAGAGGAGGAUUUUAGAGACAAUCUUUUGUACAUUUUAUAUAUGCGGGGUAGGGUUGGGGAUUUCAGCUGGACAGUCACGGGGCCACAUAUAACUCUUUUCCUCUCAGCUGAUUAUUGCUAGAAAACAAAAGAUCUAUUUUCAAUGUUUGGGAACUGGUUAGUCAGAGGCAGAGGUGUAACAGAGAAUGUAUCAAGGUUGAAUCAGGUAUUUCACACAGAAAAGGCAAGGUAACUCAGUAACAAUUGUUUUUUUUUUCUGUGCAAUAAAGGGUGAUGGAAGCAUGACCAGAGGAAGAAACAAAACUGUAUAGCUUAAAAAAUCUUUAGUGUUCGUUUUUCCUUGUGAGCUCAUUUUGAGCACUUGUUUUCUUCUACUUUUAAUGAUCCUUUACUUUUUUGAAGGUGAAGGAGAAAAUAAAAAAAAAAAAAAAAGGAAAUAAUUAGCCAUCCAAACAGCUGGAUGUGAGCAGAUGUUUGAAAGUAAAGAAAAAAGAGCUAUGUAUUGCUGGCAGGUUUGCAUUUAAUUACGAUAUUAACUGCUCACGUGUACUUUCUAUUUACUCCUCAGUCAUGUCCAGGAUGUGCGCUAGCUGGUUUAGGGCUGUGACUGAAAAUGUCAGCAUGCAGACACAAACCAACACACAGACAUGCACAGUCAUUUGAAUCUUUAUUGUUGUUGGUGAUGUUGUUAUGGACUUCUAUGGUGCUGACCUGAUCCUCCACCUGACAAACACACAUGCAAACAGACUAUAAUCAUAUUCACACAUAUUCAAACACACAUCUCAGACACAUUACUGAACUGCCUAUACAUUUUAUUUGUCUUUGAUUCCUUUUUUAGUUCACUUUUUCUUUCUUUUGUUGUGUAUUGCAAUGAUAAAUCCUAUAUAGAUUUACACACAAACACUUUGUCUAUACCUCUCCUUCAAACUUCACCCACAGUUGUCACCUAAUAAGAAAGAGAAAAGCACCCUACAGCUACUGUACCAUACAACUGUAUUCACUAGAUAUAUAUAUAUAUCUAUAUAUCUAUAUAUAUAUAUACGUGUAUACGAUAUAUGCUUGAAUUAUGUGAUUAUAGUUGUAACAUACAUAAUUGAAUAUAUUACAGAAAAAAACAAGAUUUCUCUCAGGUGUUUCUUUUUUCUCUGAGGUAUUAAAUCUAUUUGAACAUGUUAAUAAAAACACACAGACACACAAAAAACAGAUUUUAUGGGAGUUUUUAUUGGAAAAAAAACACUUGUAGUUUAAUGUUUAGUUGUCAGUUUUAGCCCAGUUACCAACCAACUCAUUUCAUUGUUUUAGUGAAGGUUAAACAGCAGACACCUGACUGUUCACUAAGCCCCGCCCCACAGUUACUGUUGCUAUGCCCGUCAAGCUCUGGAUUCAGGGACUCCAUAUGUAGUUUAAAAAAAAAGAGAAACUGCAGCACCUGACAAUGUAAUAUUAAAGAUGACCUUUAGGUGCUGCUUCUUUAUAUUGGUAAUCCUUAAAAAAACAAUUUAUUUAAAAAAAUUUAAUCCUGAAAGAUGCACACUUUUUACCAAUGAGAAUUCUAGUGAUAACAGUUUAGCACUGCCUUCUUGUCCAAAUACAAUCACUUCUGACUCCAAAAAGCCCAGUUUGGUGGUAGCUGAAUGCUAACAUGCUAACAUGGAUAUUUUGCAAAAUAACCUCUUUCUUCUGUAUUUUCACUUCCCAUCAACCUGCAAACAGCAUUUUAGCUAAAAAACAUAGAUGUUAGCAGGUGAAGGUUCCUAAUUUGCACAUGCCCUCUAUUGUUUUACUUAUCAAUCAGACUCUGAAUCCCACAACAAUUUCUUCUGCAAUGUUUUGAAUCUUCUUCCAUAGCAUUUCAUGUCAAUAGAGACGUUAUCAUCACCUACAGGUAUGGCAUAUGAACUGCAGUGUGUUUUUUUUUUUUUUUGGUGGUGGUGGGGAUGGGGUUCUAAUUAUUGUCUGAAUUAAGAUAUUAAUACGUAUUCAAAGUAAA